GAGUCCCCUCCACCCAUGGGUUCAAGCCGGGAGAAGGGAAAGAAAUCGGAGCCCCCGAAGAUGGCACCAGUCAAAGAGUUGGUCCCCGACGCGAUUCGCGAGAAGGUGCUGCAGCUGGCAGGGGAUCAGCUGAGCCUUAGCAAGGACUGCCGGGGCGUGGUGGUCAUCGAGAUGCUCUGGGGUGCCAGUCAGUAUCUGCCCGCCCACGACGGGGGGAAGUACAAAACGACGGCCAACAAGCUGCAGGACUUCCUGAGCAAGAAGCAGGUGGUGGUCACCCACUUCCAAACCCCUGAUGAAUUCAAGCAGGGCGAGGGCAUCUUCGAUCGCUACUCGGAGGUGGAGCGGAAGGCCAAGCUCGGACCUGUCAAGAUCC